CGUGACAUCACAGAACCACGUGAUCAAUAUGGCGGAAUUUCGGAAAAAGAUGUCGGUAAAAGAAUUAUGAUAAAACAUCGAACAGAUGUGUUUAAUGAGCAUAUAGCUGGGUUAAUGAGCACUCAUAGGAUACAGUAACGAUAGUUACUUCAUUUUUUCGGUUGUAAAGAUCAUCUGCAGCAAUUCAAGGAACUUUAUAUUGGAAAGACAUGGCAGACGAGCGCCGACAGAAGCAAUGCACUGUUGUGCUCCCCACCGAGUCGGUGAAGGUGAUGGCAGAGUCGGCGGGUGUGCAGCUGCAGGAGGAGAGCUGUGUGGCCCUGAGCGAUGAAGUAAGUUAUCGUAUCAAAGAAAUAGCGCAAGAUGCUCUCAAGUUUAUGCAUCAUGGAAAGAGACGAAAACUAACCACAAGCGACAUUGAUCAUGCUCUUAAAAUGAAAAACGUAGAGCCAUUGUACGGUUUUCAGUCACAGGAGUUCAUUCCGUUUCGUUUUGCAAGUGGUGGAGGGCGGGAGCUUCACUUCUACGAAGAGAAAGAGGUUGAUCUUAGCGAUAUAAUCAACACACCACUCCCGAGAGUCCCGCUUGACGUUUCGCUAAAGGCGCACUGGUUAAGCAUUGAAGGGGUUCAGCCGGCUAUUCCGGAGAAUCCUCCCCCCGCCCCGAAAGAGCAACAGAAGGCCGAGUCCACAGAACCUCUCAAAGCUGUCAAACCGGGACAAGAAGAAGAGGGUGGCAUUCAGAACAAGGGGCAGGGUGCCACCUCUGCCGAAGCCAAGGGCAAGAAAGAGGGCAUGAUGCGAAUUAAGCCCCGCAGCACCCACGAGCUGUCCGUGGAGCAGCAGCUGUACUACAAGGAGAUCACAGAGGCCUGCGUGGGCUCGUGCGAGGCCAAGCGAGCCGAGGCCCUGCAGAGCAUCGCCACGGACCCCGGUCUGUACCAGAUGCUCCCGCGCUUCAGCACGUUCAUCUCAGAGGGCGUGCGCGUGAACGUGGUGCAGAACAACCUAGCCCUGCUCAUCUACCUGAUGAGGAUGGUCAAGGCGCUGAUGGACAACCCCACCCUCUACCUGGAGAAGUACCUGCACGAGCUGCUCCCUGCCGUGGUCACCUGUAUCGUCAGCAAACAGCUGUGUCUGAGGCCGGACGUGGACAACCACUGGGCCCUGAGGGACUUCGCGGCCAGGCUCAUGGCUCAGAGCUGUAAGACCUUCAGCACCACCACCAACAACAUCCAGUCUCGCAUCACCAAGACCUUCACCAAGAGCCUGCUGGAUGAGAAGACCCAGUGGACCACGCGCUACGGCUGCAUCGCGGGCCUCUCGGAGCUGGGCCCCGACGUCAUAAAGACGCUGAUCCUGGCCCGGCUGUCCAUCGAGGGUGCGCGCAUCAAGGCCGUGAUGGAGGGGCCCGUCGUCUCGAACAUCGACAAGAUCGGAGCGGACCACGUGCAAAGCCUGCUGCUGAAACACUGCGCCAGCGUCAUCGCCAAGACCCGGCCGCUGCCCGACGUGGUGGACCAGUACCGGACCGACUACGGCUACCUGGGGCCCAUGCUCUGCUCCCACGUGGUGAAGGCCCGGGCACAGGCGGUGCUGCAGGCCCAGCAAGUGAACCGCACCACGCUCACCAUCACCCAGCCGCGGCCCUCCCUCACAGUGGCCCAGUCGGGCCUGGGGGGCUCCAUCGGCACGCGCCCCCCCAGCAUCAUCAAAGUGCCCAGCUCGCUCACACUCAUGUCCACGCGGCCGGGUACGCCAACGCAGCCGUCGCCACCGGCAACCAAAUACAUUGUGAUGCAGACGAGCGCUGGGGCGGCGUCCACCCAGCAGGUGAUCACGUUGACCUCGGCCCAGUCGGGCUCGCCCAUCACCAGCACCGUCUCCAGCACGCCCUCCGCCCUGCAGCCCCUCGUCAAGGUGGAGUCGGGGGGUGGGGGGUCCGUGGCGGGGGCCAGGCCGCUCCAGAAGUACAUUGUGGUGUCUCUGCCCACGUCGUCCGCCUCCUCCCUGGAUCCCAAGGGCACAGGAGGGGCCCCCCAUGUGACCACAUCCCCCCUCACCAUGGAUACCUGCGUCAAGAUGGAGCGCUCAGAAUCACCUGCAGCCAGCACUCAGUCCCCGCACUGAACAUGAUGGACAAAGACAAUCACACACACUCACACACACCCACGUACGUUUUUUUUUAUCCUGAUGCAGUUUUCUCCCUAUAAAUAUAUUCCCCUCUCUUGCAAACCCAGCCACACGAGUGAAGCUCGCUGUACGACUACAAGUGUGGCCCAAUAAGAGUUGGGUGUUAGCGGGCCUUUUUUGUGUUUGGAAGGGGAAGGGAGGGGUGGCAGUUAGAAUUUUUUAAAGGUGUUCAUAGCUAUGAGAAAAAAAGUGAAAUAUUUGACAUAUGAUGCAUGAAACCUUGUAUCGGACAUUAUAAUUAUAAUAAUAAAAACUUCUUACUUCUAAUGCGUGACAAAACAUGGGCGUUACUCAAAAAAGAAAUGUGUGACUGGUAGUAGUUUUCAGGUCUAGGCAACAAGUAGAAACAAAACACUGAUUGAGAUGAUGGUGUAAUGAUCCAUCAAAAUAAUAUAUAUCUAAUUUCUGAAGCCCAUGUGUAGUGAUCUUUACAUUCUCAAAGGCAGAAUUAUUGUUUGCAUAGCAUUGUUAAAUGGCCUGUGCUGUGCUAGCUCACCAAACACUUUUGUAAUAAAUAAUUCAUAAAUAAACAAAAAAA